AUGGGUGAGCAAACGUUUAACAUUGCGGAUGACAAUUUGGAGCAGCAUAUAGUGACUUUGUUCGAGAAAUUGGAAUGUUUACGUAGGGAUGCGAACUCGAAUGACACAAACUUGUCUGGCCGUGUACCAGCCAGACUUGAAGUGCGGACUUUAUCGCUCUGGAAGGCCGUUGUAGCCGAGUGCGCUGCGUCGUUCCUCUAUGUUUUUAUCGUAUGUGGUGCAGCUGGUGGUGCGGGCGUAGGUGCAUCUGCCUCAGCUGUGCUACUUUCCACUGCUCUCGCUUCCGGCUGCGCUAUUGCUACUUUGACUUUGUGCUUCGCUCAUAUUUCCGGUGCCCAUGUAAAUCCAGCGGUAUCUGCUGCUUUAUGCGUACGUCGUCGUGUAUCGCCUCUGCGUGCAGCGCUCUACGUAGCUGCACAAUGCGGAGGCGCUAUUGCAGGCGCCGCAGCGAUUUAUGGGUAA